CCAACCAUAAACAUCACUUUGCUAGUCUAAGAUACUGAUUAAAGAUAAACCAAUGUUUGUAUUGUUUAUACUUAAACGGAAUGAUUUGAAUUAACAUCAAAUUUUACAGAAUGAGUAGCGACAAGUUACUAUUCAGACUAGAACAGCCUCAUGGAAACGGCGAUAUAUACAUAUCCUGGCAAAAAAGCUCUGGGAUGUAUUUAGCUACUACCGGCAUUGAUUGCAUGGUGAAUAUCUUUAAUAGAUAUGGGGAAAUUACCGAGAGGAUACGCCUGCCAAAUUUAUGUACCAGCUUUGGUUGGGACCCUGACGGCGAUUUACUGGCGGCCGUUAGCCAAUCACAGUUGAUUUUGUGGGAUGCCAACAAUUUGAAAAAAACUGUAUUGGAUGUGGGUUUAAAAGAUUACAUGUCUUGUCUGGUCUGGGCUAAAACAGGACCCAUUUUGGCAGUAGGGACCACCAAGGGAAAUGUUUCUAUUUACAACCAUAAUACCUCAAGAAGAAUACCUAUCAUUGGAAAACACACUAAGAAAAUUACCUGUGGUACUUGGAACAAAGAUAAUCUUCUUGCCUUAGGAUCUGAGGAUAAAACCAUCUCCAUUAGUAAUGUGGAUGGCGACACACUCAAAACGAUUACUUUAAGGGCUGAACCAUCUGAUAUGCACUUUGCAGAGUUAAAAUUAGAUGAAAGAGUAACAGGAGAAAAUACUGUGAGCGCUAUAGUGGGAAAGAGGACAUUAUACUUGUACAAUUUACUGGAUCCAGAGAAUCCAUUUGAGUUAGCAUUUCAACAGCACUAUGGCAACAUUGUUACCUACAAGUGGUAUGGUGAUGGGUAUAUUUUAAUAGGAUUUUCGGCUGGGUACUUUAUAUCCAUUUCCACACAUGUUAAGGAAGUUGGUCAGGAACUGUUUCAAAUUCGUAACCAUAAAAAUAUCCUGACUGACAUUGGUGUCUGUGAGGUAAUUAGUAAAGCAGCCUCUUGUGGUGAUAAUAGUGUUAAGCUUCAUGACUUAAAUAAUCUUCAAGAAACCUCUAGUGUAAUAAAUCUACCUCAAGAAGCAGGUCUAGGCAGAAUUUCUUGGAGCCCAGAAGGCCAGCUAUUAGCUGUAUGCACCAGGGGUGGUUCUGUGAAUGUAUAUGUAUCUCACAUGCAAUUACUCGCAUCAAUUUGCGCCCCUCGUAUCGCCAUACUCUCAAGUCUAACAGAAAUUGGUCUUUAUAAUUAUACACCGGAUAAGUCCAAGUUGACUCCCAUAUUUAUUAACUUGGAGUCAGAGCCAUCCUUUAUAGCGGUGGGACAGUAUCAUUUAGCGGCAGGUUUGAAUAAUAGAGUUUGGUUUUAUGACUUGACAAAACCUGAUCCUGAUAUUGAAGAUAUGCCGUUAAAAUUGACAGACAGGCAAUAUUUAGGAGGUGUUAGUAAUGUCAAACUAAAUCCCGAAUAUGCUGCUGUGCUUUUUGAAGGCAAAAUCCAGCUUCAUAUGAUAGAACAACCUCAGGUGUGCCAUGAAGAUAGAGAAACCAUUACUUUCCCCGACGCGAUCAACGACGCUGUUAAAAUAACUUGUUACGAAAUGACUACCGAUUUUUUGAUUUACGGCACGGAUGGUGGUCAUAUCGUUCAUUUUCACAUCGAAGACUGGGCGACGGCGAACGAAUUCAAACACGGAGUGGCCGUUGAUCAGUUGUACUGUGACCUCGCGGGCUCUAGAUCGAUCGUUAUCGACGUCAAAGACAAUUGUCACAUUCAUAACGCCGUCACAAACGAACUUAUCCCGGUACCGGAGCCGCCCGACAAAUUUUCCGGUGGUGCCUGGGAUAAUGACUCAUCCAAUCGGGAUCUAUUUAUCAUUUGGGACGAUCACGAAAUACACGCUUACCUUUACGUGUCGUUUUCAAUGGACGGCGCUACGGUUAAAAAACUUGGACGGACUUCGUUGAUGGCGAAGCAAAUACCGCUCUUGUUGUACAACGGUGACGUGGUUUUGGCUACCAGUAGCGGGCAAGUUUCGCAAAUGACGUUGAGCACCCACGAACCGAGUAACUCGAACGGCGGAGAGGGCGACACGGUCGCUUUGGAGGCUAAUUUCAAAAAACAGUUGGCGCUUCACAGUUUUUCAUUGGCUUUGGCGACGAGCAAAGCGCUUAAGUCCAGGGAACUGAUGGUUCAGUUGGCCGUGGAAUCUCUAAAGUAUCUCGAUAUAGAAACAGCCAUAAAGGUUUACCAAGAACUAAAGGACGUAUCUAUGGUGCUAUCGCUCGAGGGGCUACUCGAAAUCGACGAAUGGAGGUUGCUGUGCGGCUACGUCGCGAUGUACCUCAACGAUUAUGACAAAGCGCAGCGUUGGUUCCUGAGCUCCAAUAGACCGACGGUCGCUCUGGACAUGCGCAGGGAUCUGUUGCAGUGGGACGAAGCCCUGCGUCUAGCGAAGAAAAUGGCCCCCGAGCAAAUAUCGAUGAUUUCGAGAGAGUACGCACAGCAGUUGGAGUUUCUGGGCAAUCAUUCCGAAGCGCUGUUGCACUACGAAAAGGGUCUGCAAGAGAACUUGAGCGAGGAGCAUACAUACGUGUGCAGGGCCGGCAUAGCCCGGACCGCGUUGCAUUGCGCCAACUAUAGGUACGGGGUAGGCGUGGCCGUCGAGCUCGACAACAAGCACCUCUUGCGCGAGUGUGCGGAAAUUCUCGACAAAAAGCGGCAACUCGCCGAAGCCGCCCGACUGUUCGAGAAAUGCGAGCAGUUCGAUCGCGCGGCAGCCAAUUACAUAGCGCUGAAGAACUGGAACAAGGUCGGUGAAUUGCUGCCGCACGUCACCUCCGCCAAGAUACACUUGCAGUACGCGAGGGCGAAAGAGGAGGAGGGACGGUACGACGAGGCGGUUAAGGCUUACGAGUUGGCGAAAGAUUUCGAUUCGGUGGUGCGGUUACACUUGGAGCGCCUCGAUAAUGCGGAAAUUGCUGUGGAAAUAGUGCAGGAGACGAAGAGCGUCGAGGGAGCGAAAAUGGUCGCUAAAUUUUUCCAAAACUUGAACGACACGAGUUCGGCCAUCCGGUUCCUCGUGCUGUCCCGGUGCGUCGAGGAAGCAUUCGAGCUGGCGAAAAAGAAUGGCAAGACGGAACUGUACGGCGACAUCCUGCUGAACAGUUUCACCGACGACGAGGUCAAACCGCGCGAUUUCGUGCCCCUGGCGGUUCACUUCGAGAACGAGCGAAACUCCCUGCUGGCGGGGAAGUAUUGGUUUCACGCGCGGGAGUAUCACAAAGCGUUGAAGUACCUGCUGACAGCCGCUAAAUCUGGAGCGAACGAAAAACGAGCGAUCGGUGCCGCGAUCGAUGUCGUUGCAUCCGCCAACGACGAGUCUCUGACCGCCACGCUGAUCGAGUUUCUGCUGGGCGAGUCGGACGGCACGCCAAAAGAUCCCAAGUACCUAUUCAGGCUAUAUAUGGCCCGGAAACAGUUCAAGGAGGCGUCCAAAUCGGCGCUGAUCAUUGCGAACGAGGAGCAGAUCAACGGCAACUAUCGGAACGCCCACGACGUGCUGUUCGCGAUGUGCCAGGAGCUGAGGCAGAACAGCAUCAAGACGCCGCUCGAAAUGUACUCAAACCUGAUGUUGCUGCACAGUUACAUUUUGGUCAGGCUGCACGUGAGGCGGGGCGACCACUCGAAAGGAGCACGGUUGCUGAUCCGCGUCGCCGAUAACAUAUCCAAGUUUCCCUCGCAUGUGGUGCCGAUCCUGACCUCAACCGUGAUCGAGUGCCACAGGGCCGGAUUGAGGCACGCCGCGUACCGUUACGCCACCACUCUCAUGAAUCCGGACUAUAGGAAGCAAAUCGAUCCGAAGUACGCGAAAAAAAUCGAGGCGGUGGUCAGAAGGCCGCCGAAAAACGGCAAAGAAGGUGGCGACACCGGCGAUCCCGUCGAACCCUCAACCCCUUGUCCUUUCUGUGAGAAAUCGUUGCCCGAGUCUGACGUCACAUGUGGCAACUGCAAGAGCACGCUACCGUUUUGUAUUGUAACCGGUCGCCACAUCACCUCCGAAAAUUUGACCUACUGCCCGAAUUGCGAUUUUCCGGCAUUGAGAGACGAGUUUAUCGAGAUUUUGAAGACCGAGGAGUCGUGCCCGAUGUGUUCGGAACCAGUUGACCAGAGAAGACUGGUUGUGGUCAAUGACGUUAAGCCAUAUUUAAAUGUGGAAUAGAUUGGAGGGUAGGGAGGGCACAGCCGCGUCGUUUGAUCUCAUUUUUGUUACUUGUUGAGUAUAUUUAGAUUAUUUAUUUAUUUUAUUCGAGUGAUCAAUUUGCCGUCCAAUGUUCAGCGUUUAAAACAGAAAAAUGGAAUAUA